GCGGAAGAGGAAAAAGAACGGAGAAAGGAAGAGCGUUUCAAAGAAUUGAACAAAAGAAGAAAACUUGAGCAACUGCAAAGAGAUGCAGAAAAAAGAGCAAAAGAAUUCGAGAAGAAGCAAAAAGUCAGUAGUGACAGCGAAGAGAAGGCCUUGUCAAAAGGAGCAGAAAAGUCCCUAAAGGUUUACUUCAAGGAAUUCAAAAAGGUUGUGGAUGCAUCCGAUGUUCUAAUUGAGGUGCUGGACGCACGAGAUCCGAUUGGCUGUCGAUGCUCUGAGAUCGAAGACAUGAUUAGAAGCUCAGGAAGUAACAAGAGAUUAGUUUUGCUCCUAAAUAAAGUCGAUCUAGUGCCAAAAGAUAAUGUAGAGAAAUGGUUGAAGUAUUUGCGAAAUGAACUACCUACUGUGGCCUUCAAAGCAUCAACACAAUCACAAAAGCAAAAAUUAGGACAGAGCAAAGUAUCAGUACAAGUUGCUUCUAAAGAUACCCUGUCCUCAACAGGCUGUGUAGGCGCUAAAACUCUGCUCAAGUUGCUAGGGAACUAUUGUAGAAAUAAAGAUAUUAAGACGUCAAUCACAGUUGGAAUAGUCGGACUUCCCAACGUGGGCAAAAGUAGUGUUAUAAACAGUUUAAAAAGAUCGAAGGCUUGCGGGGUUGGAUCAACGCCAGGUUUUACCAAAAACAUGCAGGAAAUCGUCUUGGACAAACAUGUUAAAUUGCUGGACAGCCCGGGAAUCGUCAUGGCAUCAGGGUCAUCUGACACACAAGUGAUUCUGCGGAAUUGUGUCAAGAUCGAGCAGCUGAGUGACCUUGUCGUCCCAGUGGAUGCUAUCCUUCGUCGAUGCAAUAAAACACAGAUCAUUGAGAAGUAUUGCGUCCCAGACUACAAAGAUGCAACAGAGUUUUUGUCCCACCUAGCACGAAGACUCGGCAAGUUGCGAAAAGGUGGUGUUCCAGAUACAACUGCUGCUGCCAAGGCAAUCCUUCAAGACUGGAACAGCGGCAAAAUUACUUUCUACACCAUUCCACCCGAGAGGAAAGUUGACCCAAUGCACGAAUCAGCGUCGAUUGUCCAGUACUGGGGUGCGGAAUUCGAUAUGAAAGCAAUUGAGAAAGAAGAACAGGAAGAUAUGAAAGAACUGAUAAGUGCUUUGAGUGGUGCUUUGGUUUUGGAACCAGGCAAACCUGCUGCUAUGGAGGAGGUCGUAGAUGAAGAGGAAGAGGAAAUGAAUGACAGCGAUGUGGAUUACAGUGAAGAGGAAUAUUCGGAGGAUCGUACCGAUGACGAAGAAGACAUUGAAGUUGAAGAGAAUGAGCCUGCUGAUAAGGGCAUUGUUAUUCAAAUGAAAACAAAGCAAAAAGUGCAGAAAUUUGCCACCGAGAAAGACGUUGAAAUGGCGGAGAACAACGAAGAAAAUUUGCAAUUGAACAAAGCAAAGAAAAAAGCAUUUAAAAAGAAAAAGAAACAGCAUCAGAAAAAUGCUGCCAAAAAGGAUGCAGGAGUUGCAAUGGUGGACAGUGAUGAAGAUGAUUAUGAUUUCACUGCAGAUUUUAAGUGAUACACCCAUGCUACUACGACCAACGUCCUAUGCCUUAAAAUUUCUCAGUUUACUCAUGUAUAACAAGUACUUAAACCCAUCACCAGCUCAAAAGGGCUCAUCACACGUCUUUGGCUAAUUAGUUAAUGGUAACUGCUUCCUGCGAUUCAUUCACUGCGAGCGCAUUUAUGUCUGCAUCAUCAAACCGCCUUUAAUAGUUUACCCUUGACAACAUACCCACUUCCUUUAUUUGCUUAGCUGGAAUCUUAAAAAGUCUAUUGUAGGAGUGAUCGAAUUCUGACCAUGUAAUCUGAAAGGAACAACGUACUGUAUAAUGCUUCCAAAAAAUAGCAUUAGUAGUGGCUGUGGUGGGGGGGGGGUUGGGGCAAAGGACCACUGCGCCACCUCUGCGUACCUAGAGAACCAAACUUCUCGGAAAAUUUCAAAAUCUUGCUACUCAAAUAUUGGCUUAAGCCCCCACCCCACCCCCACAAAAAUCUGCUACUCCCACCGCACGCCUGAGCAUUAGUUAGUUGUAGUUUAGAUAGCCAGGACUGAAAUGUAUUAUAAAUGCUGUUUAUCUUAGCCAAUUCCGGAUAAAAUAAUCAUAUUGCAGCUUGUAUAAUCAAAAUCCAUCAAUCCCGCAGUGGAUUUUCAUGACGUCAUCAGUCAACAACUCUUUUCUCCAGCAUUCAAGAGGAUGUGGCAAAUUCUGCUGCUUUAGCGCUAUACACGGGUAUAAGGGAAGCAACUGGUUUGUUAGCUGCUUUUGAGGGAAAUUUUAAAAAGCCACAUCCCCUUAGAUGUUGGAAACACUCUGAAUUGUUUAUUAUUUUCAUCACAGUUGUCAGAUGAAUUUCAUCUGCGGCAGAAUUCUUUAAAUCCUUUUCCAACGCUGGCAAAGAGAGAUUUAAAGAUUUAUGUAAGGAAACAUCUGGCUUUUAGAACUCCGAGUGUUUCAGGACACUUUAUCUAUAGACGUAGUUUCUCGGGUUGUAGUAUGCUGUCCUAGUAAAAGCUACUUUAUGAUAAUUGCCCAACAGCUGCUAGCAUGAAUCUUUUCCUGUUUGAAAACACACAACGUUGUCUUUCAGAUCGUGGCAAGCCACCAUCUUUUUUUGUAUUCUGUGGCUUUCGAUUUAAUCCCAUUUAUGACCUCUUGGUAUAGCUUUGUUUCGUAUUUUUCUGCUCGAUCAAAUAAGAUAAUUCCAGGGUUUUCUGCAUUCCCGCAAAAACAGAGUAGAUAACAUUGAAAAAAUUUGCGCAGCUGAAUGAUGUAUUUUUAAGUCAAAAAUGCAAAGUUUAAACUUUGUUUUAUAUGAUUCGUUAUUCAAUUUUUUUUAAGACAAAAGAAGCCGGAAUCAAGAUUUUUUUCUCAUUAACAUUGCCAAAUAUAAAAACUUUUUUCUUCAGCCGUUGUAUUUUAACUUUCUCAAUUUUUUAGAUUGAUGUGCUAUGCACAUUUUGAGUGUCCAUUUGCUUAUUUGGCCCCCUUGUAUCCAUAAAUCCAGUUCGCAUGAUGUUUUGGCUACUUUACAUACAGGGGCCACUUAUUAUAACUUGAUAAACAAUGAUAAAUCAAAAUGGUAAAGAACAAUAAAGACAUAUGACCAGCCUUCUUUCUCUAAUUCAUUCUCCCCAAAUCCUAGUCAUGGAUGCAUUUACAAGGAGCUCAUGGUCGGCCUUUGCGUUGUGUCUAUCAAGUUUCGAAUAUUUGAAAAUUUAUUUUUAUUUUUGGUAUUUAAGACUUUUGUCAGAAUGUUUGUGCUAUCUGCCGAUUUUAAAGUAUAAGCCCCAUA